CGUGCAAGUCAGCACAACACACACGUGCUUGGUUUAAAUCCCAACACUGUCACCACAGAAUACACAUGUGAUAUCAAUACGUUUUAUUUAUUUACUUUUACUUUAAAGGAGGAUUAACAAUUUUUGAUUCGCUGAGCAGAUAAUAAUAAUCAAGCUUUAUUUGUGACACGCUGCAGAAAAGACAACAAGUCAAAGGUCAACAGAGAAACUUCACUCGUCAUGAUCCGUUACUGUUCAACUUUCUUUCCAUUGUUAAUACUUUUUUAAUCCAUUUUUAAAGAUACGUGUUUACACUUGCUGGUUUGUUUCUAUGAGAUUAAAUUUUUUAAAGGAAGUUCAUUUUUAUGGAUGUAGAAUUUGGCAAAAAUAAAUCUGACAUAAAUAAUCAGUAAUAAGACAUAAGUAAUAAGAAAAAUCAUAAACGUCGCUCACUGGGAGAAAUGGAUGAAAAUGAAAAACAAAUCGUGUUUUUAAGUGAAAUGUUUUUUAUUGGGAUCGGUAGGAAUGUAUUGACAGUGGCUUGUUUCCCACGGACCUCUGAUCGCACGGACCGCAUCCAAACAACCGCGGCAGCGAAGUCCUCCGGCUCAAUGUGAGCAUCUCUCCGACUUCACGAGUCGCUUUACGGCCAAAGAUCAACAUGAAGUUCCGAGGGAAAAUCAUAGAUGUGUCCUGCCUCAACCACUUCACCCGGGUCGUCACCACCAUCUCGAAGCUGACGAAGCUGUGCGUCCUGAGACUGACUCCAGAUCACCUGUUCUUCGUUCUGUCUGGGAAAGUGGCCAAUGGAGGGGUCAGCAUGUGGUGUGAGCUGUCACAGGCCAACUUCUUUGAUGAAUACCAGAUGGAGGGUGUGUCCUCUGAGGACAAUGAGAUUUGUCUGGAGGUGACUCCAGAGAACCUGUCCAGAGCCCUGAAGACGGUCCAGAACGCCAAGUCCGUCAAGGUGAAACUGACCAAGAAGCACUGCCCCUGCCUCACCAUCGCUGCAGAGCUGCCCACCCUGUCCAGCCUCAGUCGAGUCGUCACUCACGACGUCCCGGUCAACGUCAUCCCCCGCAGACUCUGGCAUGAAUUCAAAGAACCGAGCAUGCCAGACUUUGAUGUCAGCAUCUACCUGCCUCCUCUGAAGACCAUGAAGAGCGUCGUGGACCGGAUGAAGAACCUCUCCAACUUCCUGGUGAUCGAGGCCAACCUGAACGGACAGAUGAAUCUGAAGAUUGAGACCGAUCUGGUUUCUGUCACCACGCACUUCAAAGACCUGGGGAAUCCACCGUGGGGUGAAGACGCCUCACAGGAGGACAGUGCGUCUCAGAGCAGGGACCCAGAGUCCAUGGCUGAGGCCAGAGUGGACAUCAGGCGGUUGCAGCAGUUCCUCAUGGGACAGCAGGUCAACCCCAGCAAGGCCAUGUGCAAUAUCGUCUGUCAGAGGGUCGUCCACCUGAUUCUGCUGCAUGAAGACGUGUCGCUCCAGUAUUUCAUCCCUGCUGUGGCCUAGACGCCAGAGCUCCUCAGUUAGUUCUGCUCGCUGUGAGUCUGGGGAAAUGAAAACUAGACAAAACAGUUUCAGGAGUUUUUCCUGUCGGCGCCCAGCAGGAGACAAGAGUCAGAACAAAAUGAAGAGUUCACCUGUCCCAUGUUUCAGUGAGACCUUGCUCCUUUCCAGUCCUCCCACUGGACCUCAGGAGCACACUGACCUCUGGUGGACAGAUGGUAAACACACAGGAAGUGGCGUUUGGGGCACUUGAAUGAACGACAGCAAAAGUUGCACACACCUUGUUUAAGGAAGUACAGAUGUUAUAUUUUCCAUUAAAAAAAGUUGAAAAACGAAA